UACCGCGAGAGUUCGGGCUCCGGGGGCGGAGAGACGAUCAGCGCAUGACGGAGAACUGCGGGGCCCGGUAGACAUGGCUGACCACCUGCCCACCGGUACCCGGAGAAAUAUGCCCAGGACCAACCGUUCCCGAGCUGCCCCCCAGAUCACCGUCCCUACCCCUGAUCCUGAGAACCAUCUGGCCUCAGAACGUCCGAGAAUCGAUGGCCCCUCUGCUCGGGAAAUGGCUCAGCGGAAAUAUCCGAGGACCGGACGCCGAGAGCUGCGGGUGAUACCGGCCUCCCUCAUCAGCCAGUGGAAGGAGAUGUUUAAGUCUCAGUCCAGAGUGAAAUGUCCAAAUUCUUGCUGUUGGCUUCAGUUCCCCAGUGUUUACAGCCUGAAACAGCAUUACGAGCGCUGCCAGGGGGCCGGACUCUCCUCCCGUUUGCGGUUCUCCUGCACGUUCUGCGAAGCCGUCUUUAUCUCCAAGUCUCAGCUGCAGAAACAUCUGAUUUGGAAUCAUCCAGACCUCGGAGGCAACAGGGAGAAAAGGCCUCAACAACCAGCAUUCUGCAGAGGGGCAAAAGAGAGAGCGGCUGAGAAACUCCAGCCCAGGCGUUCAAAACACACAAAACUGCAAAAGCCCCCAGAGGAGAAUGGGAAGGAGACCCCCGGAGUCAGACGUGGAGAUACGUCCAACGAGGACCCAGAAAGGAUGAAACACAGAAGGAAACAAAAAACUCCAAAGAAGUUCACCGGGGAGCAGCCGUCCGUUAGCGGGACCUUCGGCCUGAAAGGACUCGGGAAAGUAGACGAUAAAUCCUGGGGAAGACGGGUAAGGCCGGUAUGCGUACGGACCAAAGAAGUGAUGAAGAGGAGGGAUGGUCCCAGCAUCCGACGUGAUCACGCAGUACCAGCUGCAGGCAGUUUGGACGAUGCGUGCCUACGUCAUGGUAAUAAGAGGGGGGUGGUGACGUGUCCUAACUGUGUCUCCGUCACGCGUAAAACCAUGGCUGGUCUGAAGAAGCACAUGGACGUAUGUGAGCAGCUGCAGGAAGCCUUGCGGUGUCAACAUUGCAGGAAACAGUUCAAGUCCAAGGCUGGUCUCAAUUAUCACACGAUGGCCGAGCACGUCAACAAGUCUUCCAGUCCUGAUGAUACCCCCCGAGAUGAACAGAAAGAGCGUGAGCGCCUGCGCAGAGUUCUGAAACAGAUGGGGAAGUUGCGCUGCCCGAAGGAGGAUUGCUCCGCCUCCUUCUCCAGUUUGAUGGGGUAUCAGUACCACACUCAGCGCUGUGGGAGGCAGCAGACGGCGGGCGACAGGCUGCGCUUCUCCUGUCCGUACUGUAGCAGGGAAUACCAGUCCAAGGCCGGCAGAGAUUACCACGUGCGAUCCGAGCACUGCCAGCUCCAGGCCCCCACGGAGCCCACGCAAGCAGUGGUGGAGGCAGAGCUGGAGGACAUCGAGCGGACGCCCAGUGGCCGAAUACGGCGCCAGUCGGCCCAGGUGGCCAUCUUCCAUCUGCAGGAAAUCGCCGAAGAUGAACUCGCCAAGGAUGGUGGGAGAAGGAGGAUGCGAGAGGACCUGGUACCUGACAGCAAAAGGCUGAAUUACCUGCGCCCCGGCCUGCCGACCUUCAACCCCCAGCUCCUGGACUCCUGGAAAAGCCGCGUGAAGGAGAACGGAUUCAUCUGCUGCCCGAAUAACUGCUGUGAAGCAAUAUACUCCAGCGUGUCCGGACUGAAGGCUCAUCUAGCCAACUGCACCAAGGGGGCUCACUCCGUGGGCAAGUAUCGCUGCCUCCUGUGUCAGAAAGAGUUCAGCUCUGAGAGUGGUGUGAAGUAUCACAUCCUGAAGGCACACUCACAGAACUGGUUCCGAGCUUCCGCCGUCUCUUCGCCCCUCAAAAGAAAAUCGCCUUCUUCCAUCUGCCCCGGGAACGCGUCUGAAACGGGGGCAACGGACAAGAAACAAAGAAAGAAACCCAAAGAGAAGCCCCCUGCCUCCACCCCGGCAACGUCGGCACCCCAAACGAAGGAAGCCCCCUCUUUAAUAAAAAUCCCCCCCAAGAAAACAAGUAAACCCGCGAGCGCACACAGUUUGGGGCUCAAGGCGACGUUGAGGAAGGGUCUGCCGACUAAACGAGGCAAAUAGCUGGCCGGGAUCGGCUCCGUAGAAGAACCUCUGUUUGCAGGCCCCUGCUUCUCCCGCCCGAUCGCCAAACAGGCCCCUCCGCGUCGGGAGCGGCUUUUAGAUUAGAGCGCGUCUCCAGAAGGCAGGAUAUCUGGGGGGUUUGGGGGUCCCAGGAGAUGCCUUCUCCUCCAGGAUCCCACCAGAGCGCACCCACAGACUUUGGUCGGACGUCAUAUACAAUGUUUCAGACUGUCGCCGUGCGUCAACGCACAACUCCACCAUCACUAACCCCGCUUGUUACGCGCAUAAAGCUAAUGGGGCGGAAUAAUCUAAACUCACUCCCCUGUCUGGCUUCCGGCAUCCUCCGCGGUUUAGGAACCACAGAAAUUAGAAUCAUGUAUGUGUACAUAGUCAUGCGGUCACGUGAUACGUGUAGCAUGCUGGCGAACCAGGCCUUCCUACCCGUUGCCAGGAGUAACUCCUGGCGUGCUGCAUUCACGUCGGGCUCCAACACGACUAAGGAGCUUCUGGAACACGUAGUGCUUCGUAAAGUACCCUCUUCGAAUUGUAAGCUCUUGGGGUCAGAGGGUUGGAGGCAUCUGCGCAUCUCGUGUCCCAAGCAGAAGGCAGCGGAUGUGAAUAUUUACACACUUGGAUGCACUUUUACUAGUUGAAGUAAUUGCACUAGACCGUGUCACAGAGUCGGCACACGCGUGUCAGGGUUCCCGGUGGAGUCGGAGUGCCGUGUAGUGGGUCUCGCGUGUGACGGGCGUUUUAUUAUUGGUACGCGGCUCCUCCGUUAGGCUGCUUGUGUAUUUUUUAUGCGUGCAAUAAAUUAGGGUGUGUUUUUUUUUUAGAUUUCGUGGCCGGCAGGGACCACGCUCCCGAAGGGUUAACGCCGGAUGUGUCACGUUCUAUCUGUUCAAUAAAACAAAUAUUUCAAUUUAACAAAAAAAAAAA